AUGCGGUUCAUCAACAACGACUCGGUUCUUUCCAUCCGAAGCUCAGACGAGACUGCCGCUACCGGCCAGGCAUGCUUGACGCGUGUCACAGUGGAGACUCGAGCUAAAACAUGCAGCAGCAACGGUCGCCUAGGAAGCGCAAUACGUGCAGUGUCAGAGAGCAAUACUUAUCUGGUUACACCGUACAUAUACGACUCGUGUCACGAUCGCUGCCUCAAGAUAUUUACAGCUGACACCGAGGAAGAGUACACCUGUUGCAGAAAACUUCCUCCACGCGAAGGAGCUGAAAAGCCCGAAGGAUACGCCGACAAACUCGAGAUGACGGAAACUCCACGUCUUGGGCAAAAACAGGGAUAUCCAAGUUUGUUGGAGUACGAGGUACCGCUUGAGGUGUUGCAGAGACCUUCACGAGCACUUCCUGAAACCCACGAUGGAGACGCAAGUAUGCGCGACCCCGAAGCAAGCCGUUGGUUUCAACACAACCUGGACGCCCACACGGGAACCCACAUGGAGCCCGUAGUAGGAAACCAUAACCGUUUGAUGCCAGGUACCAAGAGGCCGAUUGACGCCAGAUACCAACAAGCCGAGUCAUCAUCGCGCGCCGACUCCACAUCCCGAGAACGACGAUGCACAGUCCGUGGGUGCCCCACGAGACGAGUACAAGCGUCUGAAGACGAUCGAACAGGCCUUCCGUAAGAGAGACGCGCCAGACUGGGCAGUGCCGGGCUCUUGCCUGUUGCCGAAAUGGAAGAUUGUGCGGCAGCUUUCCUGUUCGAGGCGGUGCGGGGAUUUUCCCGUUUUGGUUGGAGUAAAUAGUCCCUCUUGAAUCCUUCGUAAUGUGUUUUGGGUUCGUGAUAAAGCACAAGGCCGUGGCGUUGCCGGCUUACCUGCUAUGAUGGGCGAUUCGUAAGUAACAAACCUGACCAUCGCCCCACGACUUGAGUUGGGGAAAUUCGAGGCCAUGAAGCACAUCGACCACUGAGUUUUUCCCGAAGAAAACGUGCGAGUCAAUGUUAUCGUUCUUGAAGCGCCUGGAACGAGAUAUGAGCAUGAUGGUUGAUAACGAUCUAUUCAUCGACAUGUGCGGAAAAGUUGUGGAAAAUAUAUGCAUAAGCCACAAGAAACAGAGACACCUUGGCCUGCCUAACAG